AUGGCUUCCACAGGCACCAGCCACGUGCCCUCGCUCAACAUGGCUGACCCCCGCCGUCAAGGCGCGGGAGGGACCUGCGUAACCAGAGUGAGGCCGCCGGCGGCGCGCUGGCGCCCUCGGGCGGCCAGAGGUGGCCGCUGCAGGCGGCAGAGGCGGCGAGCCCGUCUCCGGCAGGGCUUCCUGGGCCGCUCCCCUCCGCUCGCUCCGGGAGCCUGCUCCCGCUCGCCUGUGCAGACCUGCAGCGCAGCGCUGCCGGGCCACAAACACACCCAGGAGGGUGUGAGCAGUCGGCAGAGGCGAGCAGGGCUCCGGCAGAGGCGAGCGGGGCUCCGGCACAGCAGCCAGCCCGGCCCCGGCGCUCAGCUGGGCUCCGGCUGCGAGAGCCCCGCGGCCGCAGCGAGCAGCUGCCAGUGGAUCACUGCCAAGAAAGAGAAGAGGAAGGGCCUGAGAACCACCAAGAAGGUGCUCCUGCUGCUGGUGUACUGCGCGCUGAUGAUCGCACUCUACCUGGCUCCCCUGGGGAUCACCUCCCCUUGCAUCAUGGAGGAGAGCCAGCUGCCCCCCAAGCCAGCCCUGGUUGGCCACCGAGGAGCACCCAUGCUGGCCCCUGAGAACACCCUCAUGUCCCUGCAGAAGGCUGUGGACUGUGAUGUGCAGGUCUUUGAGACAGACGUCAUGGUGAGUGCUGAUGGGGUCCCAUUCCUCAUGCAUGAUGAGGAACUCAUCAGGACCACCAACGUGCAGGCUGUGUUCCCAGAGAGGGCUGCCCUGAACAGCACUGCCUUCAACUGGACAGACCUCCAGCAGCUGGAUGCUGGCAGCUGGUUCCUGGAGCGGAGGCCGUUCCCCACCGUGCAGAGUCUGUCUGCCGGCGAUCGCCGGGAGGUGGCCAGGCAGCGGAUCCCCUCCCUGCAGCAGGCCCUGGAGGCAGCCAAGCAGAGCAACAUUUCCAUCAUGUUUGACCUCCGGCCUGAGAACCACAGCGACUACCAGAGCUUCGUCAAUGCCACCCUGGCAGCCAUCCUGCAGUCAGGCAUCCCACUGCAGCAGGUCCUCUGGCUGCCUGAUGGGUUCAGGGAGCAGGUCAGACAGCAAGCCCCAGGGCUUCAGCAAGUCUACGGCCGGAAGAGACUCCAGAAUGAGGAGGAGCCACUGCUGCACGUCAACCUGCCCUACCAGGACAUGAGCUCUGAGGAGAUCAGGCAGUACCGCCAGGACAACAUCUCUGUCAACCUGUACGUGGUGAACCAGCCCUGGCUCUUCUCUGUGCUGUGGUGCUCCGGGGUGAGCUCUGUCACAACCAACGCCUGCCAGGUGCUGAGGGAGAUGGAACGCCCCAUCUGGCUGCUGCCCAGCAGCACGUACCUCAUGAUCUGGAUUGUCACAGACUGUGUUUCUCUCCUUGCCAUCCUCUGGGCCUUCCUCUUGCUGAAGAAAUGCUCCCAGAGAAGACAGCCAGCAGGUGAGUGUGCAUGGAUGGGAGCUCCUCUCCCUGGGAGCCAGGCUGUGCCUGGCCACAAUUCUAUCAGCCGCACUCUGGAAAUGAUGCCAAUGUUCACGGGCCCAGUCAAGUACCUGUACAGAGGGGCGGGCACUGUGAGCUUCUGA